CCUCCACCCGGAAAUAUACACGAGAGAAACGAAAGGAACCCCUGAACUGCGAAUCCAAACACUGCUUUAUUCUUUCUCCAGAUUCUACAAAUAUCCUCGUCUUCAUACCAGUUUGUGAAUAAUGGAUCAAAAGACACACGAUGGAGCCAAACAGAACAUUUUGGAUUUCAAGUGUAAAAAGAAGACUGAUUUCACCGAAAAGUCCGGAGUUGUUGAGACCAAAACUUUGGAACCCAAGAUUUCAUGUCAGACGCCAGAGAAGAUAAACGAGCCUUUACACAACAAGCUCAAGGAAGGGCUAGUUAAACUUCCUGAGAAAUAUAGAAUCCUAGCGGAGUUAUUCGAUCAUAUGAGUUGUUCGUUGAGGUUGCUUAGUCUAUAUAAAAGGUUGCCUACUUUUGGAAAUAUUUCUACUGAAAUUGGGGUUUUGGCACAAAGAAAAUUUUCACACAUGCAUCUUGCACAGAUGAAGUACAUACUUCCUGAAGCCUUACAAAUAGAUAAGAUUGUCAUACAUGACAAGAGAACCCUAUGCAUGAAGCCUGAUAUGAAGAUCACUUUGCUCUUUGAACUUGUGGAAGGCCACUCUGAAGUGUCUGAUUUUAUAGCUCUAUGCCAAGUGUUUUCCUCAAGGCUUUAUAACUUCUUUACCACACAUCCAGAGGCUAGUGAUGUUCCAGAGGCCGUGUUGCCUGAGCCUUUCACCCAAAGAAGUCAGGUCACUGUUCCCCAUGAGUUGCCUGCUGAUUGUUAUGAAGAAUCUCAGCUAACGUUCACUCAAACAGAGUUUUCCUCAGAAAAAUUCAACCCAGGUUCACAUUUUAGCAGACAUUUCUCUCAGAAAGCUGUCGUCGCCAAAACAGAAAAGACCCAAGCUUUAGCAUCUGUGGAUGUACCUCCCAUCAAUACUGUAGACAAGCAAGACAACAAAAGUGAGCAGCAAAAAGAAUUGGUUGAUUUGAUUUCAGUAUCUAAUUUUGUCAUUAGCCAAGAUACCGAGAAUGAGAUGCAAAACAACUCUCCUGGUACAUGUUCCAAGUCUGUCUGGAAGAACCCCCAAUUACAAUCAAACUCUCUUCAGUGCUCUCGUGGUAGUGUCAUUGAAAGCCCUGCUUGCAAGCUUACAUCAUCUAAUGAUAGUUCUACAAUAGAGACACAGACACCUUUACAGUCAGUACCAAAGAGAUCGGUUUCCAGUUGUGUUAUAUCACAACAGAUGAUGACCAGCCAGAGGUCCACUCCAUUUUGCAAGCCUGCGAAAAGAGCUCUUGACUUUUGUCACUCAGAAGGUGAUGAUGAAAGUACAUUGGAUUCUGGUGCAGACGAGUCAAAAUGUGAUGAAGUUGUACGCAAACACACCUUUCAAAUUCCCAAAGGAUUUUCUAAGGAUGGAAAUAUUCAUGGUUCUUCAUCACCACUACGAGAGGUAGAAGAAGGCUUUGGUUCCCUUUCUGAGGUUUGCAACGAGAGUCAAAGAGGUGAACACCAACAUAUCUCUUCUUGCCUGGUUGACAUGGUUUCUUUGAUUUGCUCUAUAUUCAAGUCUGUCAACUGCUACCCCAUCACAAAGGAAGAGCUUGUGCACAAGAUAAUUAUGUAUAGUUUAGAUAUUGUUGACAAAAAAGAAGUUGAAGAUCAUAUUGAUCUUCUUGAGCAGCUUGUUCCAGAUUGGAUAUACAGGAAGCUGGCUCCGAGUGGAGAUAUUAUGUACAAUAUCAAGGACAUCUCAGAUCUUGACUCAAUUCGAGCGAAGCUAACGAGUGUUUGAGAACAUAGUUACAGGCAACAGUGAAGAUGGUGAAAUUUCUAGUUCAGAGACAAAAUAGUAUUCCAUCCAUUGGAAGGUUUUCUCCUCCGCCCGGACCGCCCCACUCUUGAAUCCACAACCAGAAGGUUCACGACUUAGAAAUGUAGUAGUUUAUGUUUAAUUAUAAAGUUCACAUGCAUGAAGAUAUGGGAAUUGUGAAUCUGUUUAUGUUUUUCUUCUGAAAAGUAACCCUGUUGGUUUGGAGUUUUUGGUGAAAUGAUACCUGAGCCCAAACCUUUAUGAGGUAAUUGC